UGUUCAUUUUCAGACAUGAAGUUGAUGAUUUUGCUAGCUGUCUUGGCUGUGGCCUUAGCGCGCCCUGACGAUGGCUUCUAUGACAACAAAUACGACUCCUUUAACGUUAAGGAAGUCAUUGGCAACAUUCGGUUGUUGAAAGCGUACGUCUUAUGCUUCCAAUCAAAAGGAAAAUGUACACCCGAAGGAGCCGAUUUUAAAAGUCGGAUCCCAGAAGCACUUGAGUCUGAAUGCGGCAAGUGCACCGAGAAACAAAAGACGAUGGUCGCCGAAGUUAUCAAGGCCAUCAUGGAGCUGCUGCCAGCAGAGUGGGACGAACUGGUCAAGAUCUACAAAGCCAAGGGACAAAAUCUUGAAGAUAUAACUGCUUUCAUUGACAAAUAUGCCCCCAAAUAAAAUAAGUUGCAAACAUAUGAUAAUUAAA